AUGGCCGGAGAAGUCGAGUUGAAAAUGGAGGACGACGACAUGGCGAUGGAAGCGACCAUCGCUGAUGUUGAGACCGGAGCAGAUGAGCUGUCAAAAAUACUGCAACAAAUCCCAGAGCGCUUCAUCAMGAUCUUCGUUGGGACAUCUGACGAGCCCUGGUAUGUCCGACAGACUACGCUCGAACAGGCAUCCGAGUACUUCAUCAAAGCGAUCAAAAACGAGCAUUUGGGUGGAGAUCACAACAUCGGAGUCUUGAGGUUUCCGGAAGAUGAAAGACAGGUCUGGAAGCUACUGCUGUUCUGGAUCCAUAACAAGGAGAUGCCUGUGGCCGCUCACAAGAACGAUGCGGAUUGUCAAGUCAUGCAGGCGCUGAUGGUGAAGUGCUGGGUGGCGGGAGACCAGUACCUGAUGCCGGGGUUUCAGAACAGCGCUGCUUUGCAUCUUCUCUACUGGCUCGACGUGCCCAAAGUCCCGCACCAUGACGAGGACGGGACACACUCUGGACCUUUCCCCUGGGCAGUCAUGAAGCUCGCCUUCCAGACUACGGCCCCAGAAUCCAUGCUGCGCAAGAUUUUCGCCACUGCAGCUAWCGAAGCAAACUACCGUAUCAUCGAAGGUUCUUGCAGUACCCUCGCUACCCAGAGUAGGGGACCACACUCCAUGGAUGAGAUGCAAGCCGCGGUGGAAGGAUCCACAGGCGGUAUACACGACAUCAUCCAGGCGGCCGCCAAGUGGACUAGCGAAGGAAAUGGUUCAGCAGCGCCUGAAAGAUAUCUCAUCAGGCGAGCAUAUUCCAGCUGCUGCCAUCCUCAGAGCUACUCGAGCGGCGAAAUUGAGACGCUWUCGGAUUACAAGUUGCUAGAUACCUUGUGCGAUGCUCUCGCRGCCAAGAUACAAACAUUCAAGGACGAGUCUCGUUUGACUAGCCUCUAA